GCUAGAAAUCCAAUAAGGGUGAAGGAGCAUGGUUAAGUCUAGUUUGUUUGGCGGGGGGGGGGGACUAGCAGUUUCCAGCUAGGACCUAAGGGGCUGAGAGGUCUCGAAUGCUGAUUAGGUCGCCAGGGGCGAGUGAGGUGAGGUGGGACGGUUGCCCAGGCUGGGUGCCUGCGGGAAGCCGUGCGGUACUUCAAGGCUCGAGCCGCGCGACGUUACGCCGCGGACGAGAACUCGCGGCGUCCGGGCGUACUGCGUGAGGGGCGGGGCCUGCGCGCCAAGAUGGCGGCGAACGUGUUCCCGUUUCGCGAUGCCCGCGCCGCGCCGGAUCCCGUGCCGGAGGCCGAGCCCGUGGCGCCGGGGCCGCUGCCGCUGGUGCUGGAUAACGGAUCUUUCCAGGCUCGCGCCGGCUGGGCGUGCCCGGGGGGAGACCCGGGCUCGGAGCCGCGCCUGCAGUUCCGCGCGGUGUGCGCCCGCGGGCGGGGCGCGGCGCGGGGCGGGGCGGGCCCGCAGGUGGGCCACGCGCUCGGGAGCCUGGAGCCGCUGCGCUGGAUGCUGCGCUCGCCCUUCGACCGCAACGUGCCCGUCAACCUGGAGCUGCAGGAGCUGCUGCUGGACUACAGCUUCCAGCACCUGGGCGUCUCCUCGCAGGGUUGUGUCGAUCAUCCCAUCGUUUUGACUGAACCUGUGUGCAACCCACUAUAUUCACGCCAAAUGAUGUCGGAGCUCCUCUUCGAAUGCUACAGGAUUCCCAAGGUUGCCUAUGGGAUCGAUGGCCUCUUCAGCUUCUACCACAACAGGCCAAAGAACUCAGCUUCCAGUGGGCUCAUCAUUUCAUCUGGACACCAGUGUACUCAUAUUUUACCCAUCUUGGAAGGAAGGCUAGAUGCGAAGAACUGCAAACGCAUCAAUCUUGGAGGAAGCCAGGCAGCUGGUUACCUCCAGCGACUCCUGCAGCUGAAGUACCCUGGGCACCUGGCAGCCAUCACUCUCAGCCGCAUGGAGGAGAUCCUGCAUGAGCACAGCUAUAUUGCUGAGGACUACGUGGAAGAAUUGCAGAAGUGGCGGUGUCCUGAUUAUUAUGAGAACAAUGUCCACAAGAUGCAGCUCCCAUUCUCCAGCAAGCUCCUGGGCAGCACCCUGACGGCUGAGGAAAAGCAAGAGCGGCGGCAGCAGCAGCUGCGGAGGCUCCAGGAGCUCAAUGCCCGACGGCGGGAGGAGAAGCUGCAGCUGGAUCAGGAGCGGCUGGACCGGCUGCUCUAUGUGCAGGAACUUCUAGAGGAUGGCCAAAUGGAUCAGUUUCACAAAGCUCUAAUGGAGCUGAACAUGGACUCCCCAGAAGAAUUGCAGUCCUACCUACGAAAGCUCAGCUCGGCUGUGGAGCAAGCCAAGCAGAAAAUCCCUCAGGCAGAGGUCAACCUCGAGGUGGAUGUGGUGGACAGCAAGCCAGAGACCCCUGACCUGGAGCCCCUGGAGCCAUCUUUGGAGGAUGUGGACAGCAUGAAUGAUUUCGAGCCCUUGUUCUCAGAGGAGGCGCCUGAAGUGGAGAAGCCUGUUGCCACUGUCCAGCCCGUGUUUAACUUGGCAGCAUACCAUCAGCUGUUUGUUGGGACAGAAAGAAUUCGAGCUCCAGAAAUUAUUUUCCAGCCAUCUCUCAUUGGAGAAGAGCAGGCGGGCAUCGCGGAGACUCUUCAGUACAUUCUGGACAGGUACUCCAAGGAUGUUCAGGAAACACUGGCCCAGAACAUUUUCCUCACUGGUGGGAAUGUGAUGUAUCCAGGGAUGAAAGCCAGGAUUGAGAAGGAGCUGCUGGAGAUGAGGCCCUUUCAGUCGUCUUUCCAGGUUCAGCUUGCCGCGAACCCUGUGCUGGAUGCCUGGUAUGGUGCUCGGGAAUGGGCCCUGGACCACCUAGAAGACAGCGGAGCCUGGGUCACCAGGAAAGAAUAUGAGGAAAAGGGAGGAGAAUACCUCAAGGAGCACUGUGCCUCCAAUAUCUACGUCCCCAUCCGCCUGCCCAAGCAGGCCUCCCGUGCCUCAGAAGCCCCCGUGUCCAGCAGAGGCUCUGGGGGCAGUGGGGCUGGUGGAGGCGAGCAGACCUAGCGGCGGGGCCUCUGGAGCCACAGCCUGCGUGGGCUGCCUUGGCCCUGCUGAUGGCACGAGGGCCCAGGGCUGUAUCUCUUGGACGUGUCCGCCUGACUCUCCCAGACACAUUUGGCUGCACAUUGGAUUUCUCCCAGGGAGAAGAGAGCCAAGGGCCAGUGGGGAUCUUAAGCGUGCCAUCCGUCUGGACUGCUGCAGUGGAGAUCUUUGGGUGGCCUCUGGCGUCUGGGAGCUGCGGCUGGCCUGUGCCUGUGACAUCAGCCUCCCGCACUAGUCACUGAAGACAGGUGGAGGCCAGAGGCAGACAGAAGGCACAGGCAUUUCACAUGGCAUUUGGAAGCCUUGAAAGAGAAAAAAACAAAACCCCCAAAUUUAUCAG